AUGGAUACUUCUGUAAAAGCCGACGAAUCCCGAAACUCUUCCAUGCCGCGGGAUGGCGACAAUAAACUCAAAUUAUUUGAAAACAUUGUCUAUUUUGUUAGUGGUUCGAUUGGAGAUGAAGCAUUAAUGGUGCUCAAAAACAGCAAUGCCGAAUCAACACGUUUGUUAUCUGAUUCAGUUACACAUUGUAUUGUCGGAAAAAAUUAUGUAGUAGAUGAUGUUAGUGCUGCAAGAGAAUUAUAUGAUGUUACUACUGUAACUCCAGAAUGGAUCCGUAUGUCUGUCUUGUGCAAUAAACUACUACCAACAAAACCGUUUAAUCCAUUUGAAGAUAAUAUAUUUAGUGGAAUAACUGUAUGUGUAUCUCAACAGAUUGCAAAUGAUUGUAAGAUCUUAUGGGCACUAGUCACCUAUAACGGUGGUACUUUUCAACUAACAUUGAACCUUAAGAAAACUACUCAUCUGGUGGUUACCAAACCAUUUGGGAAAAAGUAUGAUGCUGUUUUAUCAAGUGGUUCAGAUAAGAUCAAAAUUGUAACACCCGAUUGGAUUAUUGAUUGUUUAAAAAACAAAGAAUUAUGUUCUGAAACUAACUAUCAUCCUAGACUUCUAGUCAUGCCCAAAUUAUUACCUACAAAUCAAUCUUUUAAAUUACAAACUAGUGGCUUGUCAACAAUUACUGGGUUUGCUGAUUUUGAUGCACCUGUUGAACAACCUGGAGGCGUUGUUCCUAAAAAUCAGGGUUUAGAACAGUUAAAACAACGUUUACCAUGGAAUCAACCUCCCACACCACCAACAUCUCAACCUGUUCAUACCACCCCGUCUCAAGUAGCUCAAUCAAAUACUACUCAACUAAAACCAAUGAUGUCAUUAAUGUCUACCCCACAACUUCAACGACUGUCACAACAACAAGUUCAACAACUACAGUUGCAACAGCAAACACAUGCUAAUAAUCAGCUUUUAUCCCAGCAGCAAAUGCAUAUGCCUCAACAACAAAAUCAAUUUCAACAACAAAUUCGCACUCAACAAAUGCAACAAUCAAAACAAAUUCAGUUACAACAUGGACAACAGUUGCAAUAUCAACCUAAUCAACAACAAAUUCAACAAACCCAUAUGCAAAUGCAACAGGGACAACAAACUCAUCUUCAAAUGAUGCAAAAAGGUCAACAACAAACACUACAACAAAAUCAACAACACAUUCAAAUGCAACAAAAAGUUCAACAGCUGCAGUCUAUUCCUGGCCAACAACUUCAAAAUCAACAACAACAAGUCGUAUUGCAACAGCAAAAUGUUCAAAUUCAGUCAGGUCAACAGCAACAACAAAACGUCCAGCAACUUCAAUCUAGCCAACAGCCUAACCAGAUACCACUGUUACAGCAACAAACAGUACAAAUCCAACAGGGUCAAUUACCUCAGUUACAGCCACAGUCUGUUCAAAUCCAGCAGGGUCAACCACAACAACAACAAGUUCAAAUGCCUCAAUUACAACAGCAAACUGUUCAACUCCAACAAGGUCAACAACAGCAGGGUCAAAUAACCCAGUUACAGAAACAAACUGUUCAAUUACAACAAAACCCACAGCAUUCUAAUCAGUUGCAACAGGGACAACAAAUUCAACAAAUUCAGCCGCAGCAGAUACAAUUUCAAACAAGUAAUGGUCAACAAGUACAAUUUCCUCAGCAAGUUACUCAAAAUGCUCAAGUUCAUUUACAACAACAACAGCAACAACAACAACAACCUCAAUUACAAAAUGCCCAGUCUUCACAAUCUUCGCAGAUUUGCAUUGUAUCAAAUGGACAACAGCUUCAACAGGCUCAAGCUAAUCCAUCUAACCAGCAACAACAACUCCUACUUCAACAACAGCAGAGAUUAAUGUUUCAACAACGCAUCGUGCAACAAGGUGGUGGCACUGUUUCAACUCAAUGGCGAAUGGCUCAUCCACCGUCUAAUAUGCCACGUGUUCAAGUUAACCAGCAACAAUCCCAGCAAAUUCAACAACAACAAACCUUAGUUAUUGGACAACAACCAACAGUUAAUAUGAAUAAUGCAAAUACACAACCAACUACUCAAACACAGUGGCCUCCACAACAAACUUUAACCAUUCAAAGAACUAUUCAACAGCCAAUGGAUCAAAGACAAGUAAUAUGGUCACAGCAGUCUCCGCACGGGCCACAACAGAUGAUACAUAUGGAUGCAAAAACCCACCAGCAAAUACAAGCGAUGAAUCCAUCUGAACGAUUGGCAUUUAUUAAUAAAUUAACGAAACAAAGGAACCUUGUUUUGCAACAAUUUAAUGCUCGCCAACAGCAAGCUGCAGGUGUGACUGGAGGUACAAAUAUUGUCAGACCAUCAACAACACCCAAUGGUCAGACUACUGUGAUUCGUACUCUCAAUCAUCAACUGAUAUCGUCUACUGGGAUGACACCGGCUCAACAAGCACAGUGGAAUCAAAUACGCCAACAGCAACUUUUGGCUCAACAACAACAACAGCAACAACAACAAAUGGCAGGUGGAACUGUAACUACUGGAUUACCAACCAAUACAAAAACUGUAAGCAAUACAUUGGUGAACAAUCAACAAGUUGUUCAACCGCAAACUACAGUUUGGCAACAGUCACCUGUUACUGAACAAGGACAUCAACAAACUACUGGAUCUAUGUCUGCUGCACAAUUGGCGCAAAUACAUCAAAGACAACAACAACUUCAACAGUUGAGACUACAACAACUGCAAAUGGAUGCCUCGCAAAAACAACAAACGAUGCAACAACAGGUUGCUCCUAACCAAGCACCAAUUGCUGGAACGAUGCAGCCAAAUGUUGUACAAUCACCUCAAGUGGCUCCAGCCCAGACUUCAAUUGUUCAGCCACAACAGACUCCAACAUUACCUACAAAUGAGCAAACUGAAACACAGACACCAAGUCAAGAACCGUUUCCACAAAUGUCUGGACAAGAAAUUAGUGCUGCAGGACAAUUAAGAUUGAUGACUGCUCAACAUCAUGCUGCACAACAACAAGGCAGUACUCAAGGCACAUAUCAGUCUCGAACAGUUUUAAAUAAUGUCACCAAUAAUUCAGGAACAAACCGUGCUGCUCAAGUAGUAGGUCGUGCAGCUGUUCAACCAGCUGUUGCUAGUAAAACAGUACCAGCAAACUACAACCAAUCUGCUGCUGUAAGAGUUGCAGCAGUCUUGGCAAAAAGUGCUGCCGGACAAACUGUUGGUCAUCAACAACUUCCUCAUCAAGCUAGAUUUUUCGGACACAAUCCAAAUCUCAAAUUACCGCCCGACAAGUGUUUGCUUGGUUGUAUAUUUUUGAUUGUUGAAUAUGAUCGAUGUCCAGAUACCAUAAAAGAAGUACCUACUUGGAAACAAAUCAUUCUGGACCAUGGUGGAGAAAUUGAACCAUCUUACACCCUGCGUCUUACACAUAUUCUUUGUCAAACUCAAAAACAUCCUCUUGUUCAACAGGGUUUACGUGAUGGAAAAAGAUGUAUUACAGCCUACUGGCUUAGUGAUAUAAUAACCAAACAACAACUUAUGCCUCCAUGGUAUGCCCUUCAUUUUCCUACUCCGUACAGUGAGGAGAGACCUUGCCGACAGAUGUUGAUAUCACUGACAAAUUUUGAGAGUGAUGAACGCAAUCGUGUUAAAUUUAUGAUAGAAUUGACUGGUGCUCGUGUUACAUCUUACUUUUCUGCUGACAACAAUAUUUUAGUUACAAGAAAAUUAGAAGGUAAAAAAGUUAAAAAAGCUAGAGAUAUUAAUCGACCUGUGGUCAAUGUGCAGUGGCUAAAUGAAAUUCUUUUUGGUCAUUUAUCGUGUAUGUAUCAACCAGAGAAUGUCAAGUAUCAACAAUUCAAUCUAAACAAUCCAUUCAGGGUUGACUAUAACCUGGUACUUCACUUAAUGGGGGCAUGGAAAAUGCCAAUUAACGUUACCCAAGAAUCAUAUGACAGAGUACGUAAUAAUCAUGUUCCCAUUAAAAGAAAACGGCCUAGACCAAAUGCUAAUUUUCCAGACCAAGAAAAUAAUGAUUUAAGUACAGCUGAUAUAAUCAUUACAAAUAUUAACCCACCACCAAUAGAAUAUCGUCCAUGUGUCAUGCUUUCUGGAUUUGGCUUGGGAAAAGAAGAACAACGGAUGGUCUUACAACUUGGUGGCACAAUUGCUAAAAUUUAUUCAGAUGCUACUCAUUUAGUAAUGAAAGAAUCUGUUAGAACUACAAAAUUUUUAUGUUGCGUUUCAACUGUUAAACAUAUUGUUAGUGCCGAAUGGCUUAAGGAUUCUAGUACUCAGCAUAUGUUUUUAGGCGAAGCAAUUUAUACGAUUGAAGAAGUUUCUGUAGAUCAGAAAGUAAUUUGUAAAGUACAUAAAAUAUUAUCUAAUCCAAAUCGACAUGAAUUAUUCAAAGGAAAGAUAUUUUAUGUGACUCCGGGAGUUACUCAUCCAUCUGUAUUUAUUGUUCGGCAAAUAAUAGAAUCAGCCGGUGGAACUGUUGAAAAACAAAGAAGAUCAUUGAGAGCUAUACAAGAACUUGAACCUAACACUUAUAUCGUAAUCGCAUCCAAUAAUGAUCUUCAUUUGGUUUCUGAUCUUAUUCGAUCAUCUUAUGGUAUCUACUCUUCCGAGUUUGUACUAUCUGCAGUUAUGACACAAUAUAUCAAUUAUGACAUGGCUUAUAAAAAAGCGAAAAAAAUCAAUUAG